AUGAGACGGGAACACAUCAGAUUGGAUCUCUACCCAAAAUACCCACCUCUGGACAAGACAAAUGAAGGCCAGAGGGCAACCCAUCCCACCCCAGCCAACUACAAAGCUGCUGAAGAGCAAAUACUCAAGGAUUUCACCUUACUCACUUACAGCCGACUCGCGCUGUAUGAACGUCCCCCAAAAGACACCCCAACAAUAAAACAGGAGGAAUCUCAGGUCCCAGUCCAGAAUUUUGUGGUUACAAAUGAACUAAGCGAGCCGGACAAACCCAAAAAGCCCAAAUGUAUCUUCAUUGCUUAUGUUCAGUUCACACCGUCUGAGGAGCUCACUGAAGAGGACAAGUACAACCUCAACUCUCUAACCACAUUCCUACAUAACUCUCAAAACUUUUUAAAUCCUGUCAACCUCCUUCGCAAAAUCUUUUGUUGCCGGAUGUGGACGAUUGGCUGGUGCAAGUCCCAAACUACUGGUGAAGUGGCUGGAAGAUAUGUCAAUACAUUAGGCAUCAACAAAAAUCCCCUUUCAGAUCUAGAUAAUCUUAUUAACGGAAUUUCUGCAAGUGAUUUAAUACACAAGCUGUUUUAUUCCAUCUCAGAUGCCGCUGUGGAUGCAGCAAAUGCGCUACUUACAUGCUUGGGCCUUCCAGGCUACUGUGAUCCCAACUUGAAGAGAUCAACAUCUAAUUGCUUUGCCUCCAACCUGGCUUUUACUCGAUAUGCAUUUUCCAACCAACCCCACUGCAAUGACAAUAAGACAAAAAUGGUGUAA